CAGUGAAAUGCAGACACGUCAGCUCACCCCAAGAUGACCGACAUCUCACAGCCACGUGUGCAACUAAGGGGCGAGACGACCCGGAGCAACAGUGUGCCCACAUCACAAACCCCGACCGCAGCCCUGACCUGCCUCCAGGACAAGCCAGCGGGCCUGCCCAAGCACCCCACAGCACCACCAACAACAA